UUCCACUCUCAUCUUACUAUUAACAAUAACUUUUCAAUUUCCAUCACAAAUCACAACAACAGAGCUUCUCGUUCAUUCUAAUUUGUGUUGUUGUUGUUGUUCCCCCUCAUUCCAUUCCUUACUCAAUGACAAUGCUAACUGCUACUUCCAUUGCCAUGAAUCUCCGUCCUCUAUCACAAUCUUCUCCAAUUCCAUUUCAUAAUUCGCGCCAAAUCUCUUCUCGAUCCGCGCAGCUUCGUUUCAACCUCAAAUGUGACGCCACAAAGGAAGACUCACCGGAAUCAUCCCUAGAAUCGAGAACAACAAACACUGAAACGAUCUUACACUCUUUCUCUCCGUUGCCAUUGCUUUACACCGCCGCUCUCAUUCCCGGAGAUGGAGCUGUGAGAUCUGUGUUUGCUCCUUUCGUUGAGAUAGUGAAGUCGUUGAAUUUGCCUGAUUGGCUUGUACAUUGGGGUCACCCUGCCAACAUGGCAGUUGUGCUUUUUGCUAUGGGUGGUUAUGGUACCUACCUGGGUUUCCGCAUACGUUACUCUGAUGACGUGGAGGAAAAGGCUAAGGCCAAGGACUUGCAUCCCAAGCUUUUAGCUGGUAUGUUUUUCUUUUUUGCUCUAGGAGCUACUGGUGGAGUAACAUCUCUACUCACAUCAGACAAACCCAUUUUUGACAGUCCUCACGCUGUUACUGGCGUUAUUGGCCUUGCUUUGUUGACAAUACAGACUAUAUUACCUUCACUGUUUGAGGGAAGUCCUGGAUUAAGGAAUGUUCAUGGAAUCUUGGGUAGUGGUAUCAUGACACUUUUUCUCAUUCAUGCUGCCCUUGGACUUCAGUUAGGCCUCAGUACCUAAUUCCACUUUUCCAUUGAAUCGUACUAGUUAUAACAACGUUAUUUAUUUUAGUUAUAUUGUAUAUUCUUUCCUGUACCGGUUCUUCAAACUUCAAUUGAGAAUUUUGAUUACAAGCA